GCCGGUUAAAGAGCGCGCUGCGUGUCGGGCCACGCGUGCAUGAGAAGGUUCAAUGGCGUGGCAGGGGCUGGCAGCUGAGUUCCUGCAGGUGCCGGCGGUGACACGGAUCUACACCGCGGCCUGCGUCCUUACCACCGCCGCCGUGCAGCUGGAGCUCCUCAGCCCCUUCCAGCUCUACUUCAAUCCGCACCUCGUGUUCCGGAAGUUCCAGGUCUGGAGGCUCGUCACCAGCUUCCUCUUCUUCGGGCCCCUUGGAUUCAGCUUCUUCUUCAACAUGCUCUUCGUGUUCCGCUACUGCCGCAUGCUGGAGGAGGGCUCCUUCCGGGGCCGUACAGCCGACUUUGUCUUCAUGUUUCUCUUUGGGGGCGUCCUUAUGAUUCUGCUGGGACUCCUGGGCAGCCUGUUCUUCCUGGGCCAGGCACUUAUGGCCAUGCUGGUGUACGUGUGGAGCCGCCGCAGCCCUUCGGUGAGGGUCAACUUCUUCGGCCUCCUCACCUUCCAGGCGCCAUUCCUGCCCUGGGCACUCAUGGGCUUCUCGCUGCUGCUGGGCAACUCAAUCCUCGUGGACCUGCUGGGUGAGCCUGCCUGUCCAUCCUGCCCAACCUGCGCUGGCCGCUCCCCUCAGAACAUGCUGUUUUAUGCCUCAGUGUCCCCUCUCCCCUGUGCUGGACCUCUCAUCUGCCUCUCCACUCCUCUUCCUACCCUCCCAGCUCCUGUUUCUUACAGCCCCUCCAACAAGCCAGCCGGCCCACAGGAUUUGCAUCUUCAGGGCUGAUCUGCUGAUGCUUGCGUGGGUCAGGGUUCCUGUUCCAUGGCUCCUGCUCCUCCGGUGUUCUCGAGCCCUCCCUUCCCCAGGUCUUGCCCACCUCUGAGCCCUUUAAGUCUGUCCUUCAGGGCCAACCCUGGGCCGGCAGUCUGUGCAGGU